CUCACCGGUAAUCAAGAGCAUCAACGAUAUUUAUUUCAUUUUAACAUCUGAAAUUUGAGACACAUAGGAAAUCAGUAAAGAAAAAUGACUUCAUCUUUGCCACAAACACUACAAACCACAGAUAUGACUUUGUUUGGGAACUGCAGCAAUGAACUUUGUAGUAACUCAACCUCAGGUGAUAUAGCAGAAACCCUGAGAACGGCGAUAGAUGUCCUGUCCUACAUUAACUACUUCCUUCUACCUCUGUUACUAGUGCUAGGGUUGACGGGGAACACCUUGACUAUUAUCAUCAUGCAGACCAAGAGGUUCACCCACCUGACCUCCAGGAUCUUUCUGAUAGCCCUAGCCCUGUCUGAUUCCGUCCUUCUACUCACACAGCCGUUCAAUAAAAACUUCAUCCUGACCUUAUUCCAAACAGAUUUACGGGCCCUGUCGAACGUGGGAUGCAAGGCUUUCUUCGUUAUUUUCAAAACUGCCAAAAUGUCCUCAUCGUGGUUUCUCGUAUUCAUAUGCUGGGAGAGAUUUGUGGCUGUAUGGUUUCCAUUGAAAGCAAAACUGAUUUGUACAAAGCGCGUUGCAGUUGGUCUUAUACUGGCAGUGUACAUCUUCAUUUUUACGUACACUUCAGUAUGGAGCUACGCUUCUCAAAUAACACCAAAGGGGAUAUGCCACCCAGAUGUUUAUGAUAAAAGCGAUCCAAACGAAGUAAGCCGCUUUGGUGCCUUCCUUUUAGGGGGUCUGUCUAUUUACUCUUUAAUUCCAAUGUGUUUUCUUAUCACCAUGACCCCUAUGAUUGCACUGAAAUUGACCAGACACGGUCAGAAGCGUAAGUCGAUGGUAGGAAAAUCGGCCAGAAAGGCCACCUCCCAAGACACCAACAGAACUACUAUAAUGUUGGUCGGGGUCAUGGUUGCAUACAUUCUUCUGAUAUCUCCUGUGACAGCACUCCACAUGAGUGCUUUUUUCCUCAGGGUCAAUGCGUUUGGAAGCAAUGCUUUAGGUUUCCUUGUCUUUAAGGAGGUUUCACAGAUUUUGGAGCAGAUCAACUAUGCUAUCAACUUCUUUCUUUAUGUUUUAACGUCUAGUAUGUUUAGACAAGGAUUCAAGGAAAUAUUGCAUUGUAACCGAUGGCAACGGUUGUCCCGAGCUACGAGUAGUAAAUCAUCGGGUUCGGACUUUCAAAUAAGUACCAGGAAAAAGUACUUAGAAUCUGAAAACGUUUCCACCGUUUCAAAAUAAGAUUGAAAUGAAGAGUUUCCGUCAAAAGUUAAAUCAUACUACAAAAACAUCACGUGCUAUUACUAAACCUACAGCAAGGGAACUUGACUUCUAAAAAAAAUAAUUUAUUUCUUUUAGAAUGUUCUGUGUUGUCGAAACGUUUUUAAUUAUUGCUUGUUAUAGUCUUGUAAAUAAUUAACAGUGUAUCUUUAUGAAAUGGCGUCAUAUUACAUCAUUAAAACGGUGAAUAUAUAUUCAAAGACUGUUGCAUAACAUUUAUUUUCCCUUGGGUGUAAAUAUCAUAAUCGUUAUAUUGUGAAAAUUGAUAUCGUACCUAAAAAUUGCAAGACAAAGGAUAUUAUAAACAUGCAAAUGCUAUUUAAAUUGUGUUGUUCAAAAUAAAUAUACAAAAAGUGAA